AUGAUUGGCAGGUCAGAGUGCCUCGCGUUUCAUGAUAUUUCACCCCAAGCUCCAACGCAUUUCUUAGUGAUUCCUAAGAAGCCAAUUGUCAGGUUGUCUGAAGCAGAAGAUUCUGAUGAAUCUCUUCUCGGGCAUUUAAUGAUUGUUGGCAAGAAGUGUGCUGCUAACCUGGGCCUGACCAAUGGAUACCGGAUGGUUGUGAAUGAAGGGCCUGAGGGUGGGCAGUCUGUCUAUCACGUGCAUCUCCAUGUUCUGGGUGGUCGCCAGUUGGGCUGGCCUCCUGGCUAAGAUUUGUACCACAGGAGCUAACUGCAUGCAUACAAGUUACCACCAAAUAGAUUUAAUAUGUUGUCCAUCAAUCUAGCCACUGUUAGCGUAUUGUUUUUUUUAAUGUAUGUCUACAGAGGGUAAUAAAUGCUCUGAACAACAUUCGCACAAUAAAGAUUAAGCAUGUGGGAA